AUGGGGAGUCCGCUGAGUCCGGUGAUAGCAUCGAUUGCACUGGAACGAAUCGAAAAAGCUGCGCUUGAAGCGUUAUCGGAACGAGACAUUAUUCCUGUUUUUUAUAAACGGUACGUGGACGACUGCCUGGUUUGUGCCAAACUGAAUGAACAGCAAUCUAUUAUGGAUAUGUUCAAUGGCAUGCAUCAACGGCUGAAGUUCACAAUCGAGCAAGAAGUGGAUGGCAAAAUCAAGUUUUUAGACAUGAUCAUACGACGUGAAGAGGACGGCUUGACGACAGAGUGGUUUCCGAAGGAUGAGAACGGACGAUACCUGGACUUUGGAUCGCGUGUUCACAAUCCAUCUACACUUACGUUCCAGAAUUGCGGCGAUGUAGUUCCUCAUUUGAGAUCCAGUUGCCAGACCAUCAAGCGCGGAUAA